AUGCCACCAGUAGAGGAGCAACUCAGAAAGCUGAGCACUUCGACACAAAUAAUCGGUAUUGUCAUCUCAAUAAUCAUCAUUGUUGUGUCGUUCUUGCGGUUCAUGCUCCAGAAGGAAUAUGAUAACUCAGGCCUGCCGGACUUCUCAGGGAAGUCACAUACUCUGAAGGGAUUAUAUGAAGCUAUAAAGAGAGUUGCCCUGAGACCACAAGGGAUGUUAACUAUGCUGACUUCUUCACUUACUUUGCUACUAGUUGGAAUAGCCGAAGGACUACCAUUAGCAAUCACUAUUGCCAUCACUUGCUGGAACAAGACGUGCACAAUCACGUUUGCUCAAGAACCAUCCGCAACUGCCACCAUGGCAUCAGUCACCAUAAUCUGCACCGACAAAACGGGGGGACUGGCAUUGAUCCCACAAGAAGUUGAAAGGUGCUGUAUUGGUGGACAAGAUAUCAGUGAAGAUUCCAAAAUAUCCAUUCAUGUUCUGGAGGCAUUUUGGGAUGGAAUUGGCAUAUCAUCUCUAAUACAAGAGAACAGCCAAACCUCAGUGGAUAACUCAAUCCUUUCUUGGGCUGCAGAGAAAUGGGGAUUGAAAAUGGAAAUCUGGAAGGAACGUGUCAGUAUCAUUGAGUUCAAACAGCCAACCGAGAACGAGAACAUAGUUGCAACAUUGAUUGGAAAGGACGGAGGUAACAGGCCUAGGUUCUUUCACUGCAAGGGACCUGCAACAACAAUAUUAGACAGGUGUUCACAAUUUUAUGACAUUGAAGGGAUAACAAGGUCCAUGAAUAUAAGUAAACGGAUGGAUUUUGAAGGCAUUAUUGGGCAAAUGCAGUCAAAAGGUCUUGAAUCCGUCGCAUUUGCUUGUAAGAAAGUUGAUGACUCGAAGUCUGAUGAAGGCAAUCUAGUGAUGCUGGGACUGCUGGGGCUGAAGAAGACUAGCAGGCAGGCUACAAGAACAGUGAUAGAAAAUUUUAGAGAAGCUGGAAUUAAAGUACUGAUAGUAUCGAGUGAGGAGGUUUCGACACUUCAGGAAAUUGCUAAGGUGUUUGGAGUAAUACGGCCUGAUGCAGAUGCACAGGCCAUCACGGGCGAAGGAUUUCGGAGUAGUUCUGAUGAAGAUAGGAUGGAUAAGGCAGCUAGAAUUUCUGUGAUGGGGAAUUCCCUACCCUCCCAUCAGCUCCUUCUGCUGAGUUGUUUGAAAGAUCAAGGACACACAGUUGCAGUGGUCGGAAACAGUACAAAUGAAAUUCCCAUGCUAAAAGCUGCCGAUGUGGGACUCACGUUUGAAACUGGGAGCACUGACAUUGCAAGAAAGAGCACCGACAUUGUCAUCAAAGAAUGCAACCUCACAUCCAUCUUGGCCAUACUGAAGUGCAGAAGAUGCCUAUACAGUAACAUCAGAAAAUACAUUCAAUUUCAGCUAACUAUGACCUUAGCCGCGGGGUUGGUACCCUUAAUCACAAAUGCCUCUUAUGGACGUUCUCCUAUAACGACGAUUCAGUUCCACUGGGUGAUCUCAAUUUUGACCCCUCUAGGUGGUUUUGCUCUUUUGAUGGAGCCACCUGGUGAUAUGCUUAUGAAGAAAUUUACACCAGGAGCAGAUAAACAACUCAUUACCAAGGCCAUGUGGGUGAAUAUUAUCAUACAAACAGCUUACCAGACGUCUCUUUUGGCAACCAUACAGUCUAAAGGGCCUACAGUGCUCAGGCUUAGCAAGGAGGUAACCAAGACGGUGAUAUUCAACAGCUUCUUCCUAUGCCAGGUAUUCAACAAAUUCAAUGCCCGAGAGCCUGAACAGACAAACAUCUUCAGAGGAGUUCAUCGAAGUAAAUGGUUUUGGGUGGGUACAGUUACCGCUUUGUUGUUGCAGGCCACAUUUCUUGAGAUGGCACAUAUCAUUGCAGGUUAUCCAAGAUUGACAUACGCAGAAUGGGGAAUGUGUCUGCUUCUUGGUGUAAUCUCAUGGAGCAUUGACUUAGCCGGAAAGUGCAUCCUCCUCAUGAUUAAGAAGUGGAUGACAAAGCCACCAGGUUCAAUAGUCAGAGAUAACUGA